AUGGCGAUCGGAAGGGAGGGCAAUGUCAAAUGGGUUGAUGGCCUCCGCGGUAUCGCCUCCGCGCUCGUGGUACUAACCCACCUCGCUCGCGCAUGGGAUGGCGAGCUGUUCGUCGCGACCUCGCAGGAAGACGCGCCGCCGCGCUUUCUACAGCUGCCGUACCUCCGGAUCCUGAUCCAGGGCCGCAUCGGCGUGACAAUCUUCGCCUUCGUGACGGGCUAUGUCUGCGCGCUGAAGCCCAUCAAGCUCUGCCGCCAGGGCAACCAGGAGGCCGCCUUCGUCUCCGUCAGCAAGUCGGCCCUGCGUCGCACCCCGCGGCUCUUCUUACCCGCCGCCGCGGCGACGGCCGUGUCGUGGCUCCUGGCCGAAAUGGGCCUGUAUGCUGUGGCCAAGCACCAGGAUAGCUGGUGGAUCGAUGUGCAGUCGCCGAACAGGAUCGCAUACCUCGGUGAGGCGCUGGGAAACCUGAUCUACUGCAUCGUCACGACGUGGACCAGGGCUGUGAACGACUACGAUAAUAAUCAGUGGACGCUGUUGCCGUUACUCAAAGGGAGCAUGUGGGUGUACUCCUUUAUGGUGGCCACCGCGUACGUGAAGCCGAGGUAUCGGACUAUGGCUAGUUUCGGGCUGUGGGUUUACUUCUACUGUGCAAGCGACUCCGCCUUUGGAAUGCAGUUCUUCUGGGGCACAUUCAUCGCUGACCUCCAGAACCACCCGACCACCGCACAAUUCAUCUCCGACCGCCCACGCCUCAGCAGGAUCUUGUCCACCAGCCUCGUUUUCAUCGGCCUCACGUUCGCCUCUUUCCCCGAAGGGCGCGCAGAGUGGAUGACCUGGUCGCGACUCAUGCUGGACUUCAUGCGACCGAUCCUGCCGGACAAUCCGGACUUCCCCCGGUUCGCAAGCGGUAUCGGGCUCGAGUUCAUCAGCCUAGGCAUCUUGUUCAGUCCCUGGCUGCAGAAGCUGCUGAGCGGGAGGUUCCUGCUGUUCCUCGGGAGGAUGAGCUUCGCCGUGUACCUGCUGCACGGGCCGCUGAUGAAGACGACGCUCGUGUGGAUGCUGUACGGAGUGCAGGUGCUUCCGGACCACGAGAACGACCAGGGCGAGAUGGAGAUGACGAGGCUGUCUUAUCCAGGCAACAUGGCGCUCAUUUUAUGGCAGUUCCUGUGGCUUCCGAUGCUAUACGGGAUUGCGAAUCUCUGGAUGACCUAUGUGGACCCAUGGUGUGAGAGGAUGACGAAUAGGCUCGUUGAAUACGUGACGCUGGACGCGUCAGAGAAGCCGCCCGUGCUGCCGGGAAGGUGA